CAAACAUGUGAGGUGUGAUCUUAAUAUAAGUCGAUGUUCAGUGCUGACUUUAGUGUAUAUAACUAUUUCAAAAAUGAAGACAACACUUCUUGUUCAAAUAUUUCUGCUGGAUAUCAGCCAGGCGUUCAUAGUGGGCAGCAGUUCUUGCAAAGCCCCUCCAGUAGCGGCAGGUUUCCGGAACGAUCGGUACAAUGGACUCUGGUACGAAGUCUCCAAGGCCCAGACGGCCGGUGGGGCUUACUUCGAGAAAGACUGUGUGUGUACCACUAUCGACAUACAGCCUGUGACCUCAGCAACCAACGGCGACUCAACGGCCAUCAACAGUUGUAGGAAACUUGCACCAAGUGGGGAUUUCAUGAAUGCGACUGGGACAUUAUCAAGUGAGAGUCCUGCUGGUCAUUGGAAAGAAGGAUUUUUCCCAGGAGCCCCUAAGGCCGACUACACGAUAGUGUACCUAACAGACACUGUGGCAGUGGAGUAUGACUGCAGCUCGUUUUUGGGUCUCUUUACUAACUACUGUAUCCACAUCCUGUCGCGAACGCCUACCAUUUCUACCGAAGACGAGGCUGCCGCCAUUAGUUACGCAGAAAGUCUGGGACUAAAUACCCAAAAUUUGCCAUUUCACAAAACUUUACAGGCGGGAUGCUGGUGAUUAUACCGCGACAUAAUUAUAUUAGAUUUUUUUUCACUGACAUUGAAAAUACUCAUGCGAAUCUUUAUGAAAAACAACUUCAUAAUAACAUAUAUUUGUAUUUAUCUUGUACAUGUACAUGUAUUCAUUUGUAAAUUCAAUUUUGUUGUUACAAAGAUGUUAAUAUAAGAGAAAUUAAAAGAAGACUGUUUUCAAAUA